CCUCGAGCAGCAGCGGCCUGACGUAACAGUUACCUAAGCAACCGAUUAGGCGUCACCAGUCUGGACUCUCGAGUCCAACAGAUACAUGAGUGCGCAUUUUCUUCUCGGGGACUGUCCAGUCGAGAGAGGAAAAACAGCCACCGAGUCGCGCUAUGGGGACUGGUUUAUGAAGGACAAGAAACCAAAUGUCUUUUCCCGUCCGUUCGCGCUGUUUGUGUUCGUGCCGUGGCGGAGCUGGACGUGCUGACCCGAGGAACAUCCCUGCGCGGGUGCUGUUGUUGCUAGCAUUGCCCAGCGGCAGCCAACAUGGCUGAGGAUGACAGUGAGUGGGUCGUAGAGAGCAUCGUUGGCUACCUGGGAAGUCCCGAAUGGGUCAUUCCUGUCACGGAUUUUAUGGAAAACAAAUGCACAGUUUUUGAUGACGAAGAUGAAAAUAAGUUAUCCUACACAGAAAUCCAUCAGCAGUAUAAGAAACUGGUGGAGAAGCUGUUAGAGAAUUACAUGCAGGAGGUUGGCAUCAACGAGCAGCAGUUUCUGGAUGCAUGCACCUCUCCUUUUGCCAAGUCAAAAACUCUGCAGUCGGUGUUCCAGCCAGUGCUGGCUACGGAUGACUUCCAGAUUUUUCGCUCACUGAUGGUCCAGAAGAACAUGGAGCUGCAGCUUCAAGCCCUCAGGGUCAUUAAAGAAAGAAAUGGGGCCCUCCCAGAGUGUCUGACUGAUGGUGUGGAUGUGAUGACAGAGUUGCAGCAGCAAGAAAUGAAAAUCCUGCAGGAGGUUCUCAAAAAAUCAAAAGAGGAGUAUGAUGAGGAAAUGUCCAGGAGGCUGCUUUUAGAGGAAGAGGCCGGUUCCACCUCCAGGGGCUGCUCUGAUAAGCCAAUGGCAGAGAGCGGUGAAGCCCAGAAUAACACCUCCGCUCCCAGCCAGCAAAGCAACACUGCCAAGGCCAAAGCUGAGGAGAGAGGUGACUGCAGCAGCAGCGGCAGUAAUGGUCACCUCACCCGACUAGUGAACGGAAACACUGCCACUGAAUUUAAUCUGGUCAACGGCAACCCUGUCAGAAAAGAGGAGAGGAAGACGGCUGCCCCAGGAGGAGGAGAUGAGAAAAGUACAGCUAAGAAAAGGUCCUCGUCUAAACUCAUACCAGAUUGUGACAGUAACAGUGUGGAGUCCAGAGUCCUUCCAGCAGUGAGAGCUCCAGUAAAGUCCAGUGAGCUCUCCGUCAGCAACAGUCGUCAUACAGUGGAGCAGAGCAGCAGCAGCCAGACUGCAGCCGAGAUGUGGCUGGAGGAGGCACACAGGGAGGCUGGCUUCUCUAAGCCAUAUACUGAGUUGUCAGUGUCACAGCAGGAGCAGCUCCAGCAGAGGGCGACGUAUCUGCGUCAGCAGCGAGACAAGCUGCACGCGCUGAAGAGAGAACAGCAGAAAACCAAGCAGACAACCACGCCAGAGGAAGCACCCACCAGCCCCACACCAUUACCUACCACUACCCCGGAGGCAGUGGGGCAGUCCCACAGGAAUGGGGCCUGCUCCCCUCCUCUUCCUCCUCCAGCACAACACUCUGCUAACUCCUCCAAACACAAGGAGAUAUCUGCAGAGGAGCGGAAGAAGCUACAGAAAAGAAAACAUCUGGCUGAUAAGCUGAAAGAGGAGGUGAUCAAGAAAUAACUCCCCCUCCAACUGCACUAUUCUCAUCUAUAUCCUAUCUCUUUACUCCGGUAAUCAAGCACAUGGCUUCCUUUACACUGCCCCCUUCAGACAGAUCAUUCACUUUACAUAACACAUUUCAGGGUUUUUCCCAAAGAAACAUAAAAAGUAUAAGCUCUUCCUUCUUCUAAGUUCUUCGCUUGGCUGUCUUCAGAGGAAAAAGGUGCACUUUCUUUUAUAUUUUGGAUGUGCCAGUAAUGUGGCAGUCUCCUCACAUAACAGACCACGCAAGCACUCUAGGAUCUGUUAGAUACGCAAAACCAGGAGUUAAAAGUGGUCUUGGACGAUCUGGAACGGCGUUCAUUACUUGAAUGACACUGGAGUGUCCAAACUGUAAGUGCAAAAUUUAUGGACUACAUAAUGUCCUCAACAGUUCCCACACUGGAAUGAGAGAUGUGUUCAUGGUAUGUACACUACUUGCUAAAAAUCUCUAUAGCUGCAACAGUUAGUUGAUUAAUCCAUCAGUUGAUCGGAAGUCAAUCGGCAACUAUUUUAAUAAUCAUUUUAGUUAUUCCCUCAAGCACAAAUGCCAGACACUCUCUGGUUCCAGCUUCUCAAAUGUGUGGAUUUGAAUCUUUUCUUUAUCAUACAUUGUGAUAAACAAAAUAUCUUUCCGAUUUUAGACUGCUGGUCGAACAAAACGAGCUAGAUCACCUUAGGCUGUGGGGAAAUUACAAUGGGCAUUUUUCAGGCAUUUCUGACUUCUUCAGAAAAACAACAAUUCAUCGAUAAUGGAAAUAAACAUUAGUUGCAGGCAUAAAAAUCUCAUAAUGCAAUGCUUCACCCUCAGAAGAUGUGAAAAUUACUUUGCAGCACUACACUUGUCCGUAAUGACACAAAAUCAUCAUUCGUAAGUUACCGAAGUCUCAUUUUACUACAGGAUAAAGUAACGACUAGGGAACGGUGACUGAAGGAGUGAUUUUGGACACAGCCCUGAGCUCGUUUGUAGACAGCAGUAAUAAAUGGGCCAUGCGGUGAAAGACGGUCUCAACCUUGGCCACAACUGGUCUGGAGUUGUGACAGUGAGUUACGCAUUAAGGCGGGGAAAGACCUGAUGGGGAGUCUUGUGUUGAGGUGAAUGUAAGCUAGCUCAUAUAGGUGAAAACACUGUAGCAGUUCAUCCUAGCCAAAGAGCAUUGUGGACGUUGUCACGAUGAGCACACUGUACUGUGUUGUUAAAGGGGCCAAGAGAACAGUGUCGCUUUCUACAAGGAGUGCUGUAUUUAUCUUCAAACCAAUCUGCAGUCUUCACUUUAAGCAAUCAUGAUGCACCAGUUUCUAUGUAAUAUUGU